CAUUCAUGAAACGCAUCGCAAAUGAUGCGUGGCAAAGUAAACAAGUGCAUUUAAUAGGAGGUUGAAAUGUCGACAUUUCUGCCGUGAAUAUAUGUAGUUAUUUAAUUAAAGCAAUGUAUGCAAUUUUGGCUGGGCGUAUAUAGAAGUCAUAGCUUUUGAAUAUUGGGAGCAUGGUGAUGUAUUGAAAGUAAAAAAUGAGUGUUCAUUAUCGGAUGAAGUAAUAUUUCGGAUAUAUGAGAGUGAAAACAUAAAAGCUGUAUUGAUAAAUUUUGUUAAAUAUAAACCAAGGAUUAACAUGGGUUGUUACGGUUUCUUCCGAAGUCUAUUUUAAUUUUUUCGGGUUUACUUAAAUGUUUGCAAAGUGACACACAUAUUUAAACUGAUAACGUUUGACCAGCGGUGAAUAAAUUAUAUCAUCUCAUGUUUUCGUUUGUAGCUAAUUUAGAUUUAAAAGCAGGAAAAAGGACAUUUAUUGAUGUAUUUUGGAUGAGACAUAUUUAAGAUGAGGGAUAGAUUCACAUGUGAGUAGGAACAUAAAUUUUCCUCGUGAUAAACUGUUGAAGGCAAUGAAGUUAGUAAAGUGUAAAUGAAAACAAGACACAUAGAGAUGUAUUUAAAAGUAUUCUGGAAUACUGUAUUGGGGAUGAUACUAACCACCCAUGUUGCCUCAUCCGAUGAAGUUAUCCAGUGUGACCCGCCCUGGGAACGCGUCCAUCGCGCAUGUCUGCGCUUCAACGCCACCAACGUCCGGUCUUGGUCGGAAGCUCGCGAAGAAUGCAAGGCCAUCGGGGCAGAACUUCUUGUGAUAAGCGAUAAAUCAGAGUUUGAUGCCUUGCAUCAACCUCUAAAGAGUAAACUCAGUCAGCUGUUAUUGAAAUGGUGGGUGGGGUUAGAGAACUUGGACGACGAAAUAGGAUCCUCCUGGACAUGGGUGGAUGGAUCACCGUACAUCAAGGGACUUCCACAUUGGGCCCCGGGCGAACCCAACGGUGAAAGGCCCACUUCCUCUGCAGAGGACUGUGUCGCACUUGAAUACCAGAUGUUUAUCAGAGUCGAAGCCUGCAAGAAAACCUUACCAUAUAUCUGCGAGCAAAACAGAGUGCCACCAAAGCCGACCACUUAUUCUCCAUCAACGGCCUCGUCAUCUACGUCAACCGCGACUGAUUCCCCGGCGCCAAUCAGCCGUUCCACGAAUAAAGCAACAUCGGCUACGUCGAUAUCUACUUCAACUGUUGUUCCUGCAUCAAAAAGUGAAUCGCCAACACCAACGGCAGUAACUGGAGGGAAGGAUCAUACCAUCACAUCCGGAUACCAGAGGACGACACCUACAACAAAUCCGGGAAAUAAAACAACGGAAUAUCCGGGAAAUAAACCAUCUGACCAUCCGGGAAAUAAGACAACUGAGACUCCACUUAGUAGACCAACGUAUGAUCCAGGGAAUGGAACAACAGAGAAUCCAAGAAGCAAAUUAACACACAAUCCGGGAAAUCAAUCUACAGACAAUCCGGGAAAUAAACCAACGGAUAAUCCGGGAAAUAAACCAACAAACCAACCGGGAAAUAAACCAACAGCUCAUCCGGGAAAUAAUUCCACUGACAAUCCGGGUAAUAAACCAACCAAUAGUACAGAAAGCAAGACACCGGAAACUACAACUGUGAAAUCCAACGGAAAGCCUGAUGACGUCGAGAAAGAAAAAGACCUUUUUCAAGGAUGUUACAGUGUAAACUACGAAGGAACAUGCCCGCCGGUGUCGGCUUUCGGAAUAUCCUGGCCCCGGAGCGAAGCAGGCCUCGAGGUGACAGUGCCGUGCGAAAACGGAAAGGCCACCUGGCGGUGCUCGCGAUCCCCGGUGGUGUGUUGGCGAGGGGAACCUAAUGUCCGCCAGUGUACCAGCGACACCAUCCGGGAACUUACCGCCAAAAUGGACGAAUUCCUGUCGAAUACAGCGAACGCCGACGCCGCGGUGGCGUUCACGGAGACACUGGCGGCGGUGUCGGCGGCCCCGGGCGCCAUGUCGGAGCAGGACCUCUACCAGUCCACAGUUCUUAUGCAGGCAGCGGCGCAGGCACGACCCGGAAACGCAUCUCAGGCUAAAGCUAUAAUCAAGAACGUCUUAAAAUUCGGUAACAAUCUGGUGGCCGAAGACAAGCGGGCGAGUUGGUCAUCGAUGGAAGCAGGAAACCAGCGGACCGUUGCGGCCUCUCUUGUGCGCUCUGUAGAGAACGUUACCAUGGCAAUGUUAGAAGCGUACCGGGAACCGGGCGUGGAGAAAAUCAGGGAGACGAAUAUGGGUGUUGAGCUGCACGUGGUGUCUGUGGACCACUUCCUGCCACCAAGCACCGUACAGUACCAAGGCGGCGAGAACGCAUUCGCCGUUCCGGGAGAAAACUUGGCAGCUUUCACGAAAGAAGGUCUAGCAAAGCUCGUCUUCAUCGAAUACACCAACAUGGAUGAAUUGCUGAAGCCGGAAGUGACGUCAUCGGGAGACCAAUUGGAGAAACGCGUGAUCAGUCACGUAGUGAGCGCCGCCAUCGGAGACAAGCCACCAGGGACACAACUACAGAAGCCAGUCACGUUCACUUUCAAAACGGAAAAUAGAGGCAAUGGUGCAUCACACGAGCAACAAUGUUCGUUUUGGAAUUUCAGUAUUGGGUUCUCAGGGGGCUGGUCACAAAAGGGUUGUGCCCUGGAAAAGUAUAACUCCACCCACACAACAUGCCGCUGUGAUCACAUGACCAACUUCGCCAUCCUCAUGGAUAUACACAGCACUAAGAUAUCAGAUGUUCACGUGAUGACCCUCUCCUACAUCACCUACGUUGGCAUCAUCAUCUCAGUCGUCUGCUGUUUCCUUAGCUGGCUCACCUUCGUCUGCUUAAGUUGUCGCUGUGUUCGUGGAUAUCGGGGGAGUAACGAAGACCGGGGGAACAGCGCGGGAAGCUAUUACGGCGGUUCGGCCGCCUCCCGUUCAGUGCAGAGUGAGAGAAACUCGAUCCACAAGCACCUUGUAUUCACCAUCUUUGUCGCAGAGAUCCUUUUCCUAGCGGGGAUAGAAAGGACAGAGCCGAAGAUCGCGUGUUCCAUCAUCGCUGGGUUCCUGCACUUCUUCUUCCUGUCCGGUUUUUGUUGGAUGUUCGUUGAAGGCAUCCACAUUCUCUUCAUGCUCGUGAAGGUGUUCGACGCCGCCAAGUCCAGGCUGAAAUAUUACUACCUGCUUGGCUAUGGCGUCCCAACUUUGAUUGUUGGAGUCUCCGCUUUGGUGCGCUACGAGGGAUAUGGGACUGCGAGAUACUGCUGGUUGACGACAGAGCGAUGGUUUAUCUGGAGUUUUGCUGGACCUGUGGCGUUCAUAUUGCUAGUCAAUUUGAUGAUUCUCAUCUAUGCCAUGUAUGCAGUGUGCAAGCAUGCAGAGUACGUGUUCACCAAAGACAAAACACCAACUGGAAAUCUCAAAGCCUGGAUUCAGGGGGCGCUUGCUCUGGAGGUGCUUCUAGGCCUAACGUGGGUGUUUGGGUAUUUCUACAUCAGCGAGGCCGCCCUUCCCAUGGUCUAUCUGUUCACCAUAUUCAACAGUCUUCAGGGUCUUUUCAUCUUCGUCUUCCACUGUAUUCUCAAUAAAAAAGUUCGCAAAGAAUAUCAGCGGUUCAUAGAUUUCCCCAGGCGGCCACACUCCAGUGGUACUCACUCAUCCAGAGCUAAUGGUUCCGGGCCCAGUAAUACUUUCCAUUUGGCGGCGCCAGCGCGGAAACACUCUGGACCCGGCUUCAUGGAUAUCUCUAAGUCUGUAGAUAGCAGACGACAAUCGUCAACCGAUGCAUGAGACCGGAACCAAUUUGAUGGCAUUAUGAUUAAUUGCUUAACAUGAACCGGUUAUAUAACGUUACAUAUAUGACAUGGUGACAUGUUGCGAUAAAACGAGGAAUCGGAAUAUAACUUGUUUUGUAGACCAGUGUGAAGAUUUGAGAAUUUACGAUGAUACACGAUGAAGUGAUGAUUAUUAUUUUCUGCAAUCAGUGAAUCGCCAACGUUUAUCUUACAGAAACUCGCGACUGAAAAAACAAAGCCUUACACUUGAAGAAUAAAAUGUGUACCAAUAAUGCAUACUACUAUGUUCUUGAAUGAAUUAUGAAGGGACGAACUAAUUUCGUUUUGACAGUGAUAUGUAUGAAGCACAGAAACAGCUAAAUAGCGACCUGUCAUUACAUGUAAAUUAAGACAGUUUAGAUGCUAGUGACCUGAUCAUUUUUGAACAUGAUUUAAGAAAAUGUUCACUAGGACUCACCGCUUAUAUGUACUACUUGUUAAUACCAGUAAAUACUAUUGACAUAAUUAGUCGCUGAAAAGUAUUAAGUGCUUAUAUUUGUAGCGCAGCAAGUGUCUCUAUCAAUGUAUGCAAUGGUGUAUAGAUGUACAGACCGUCAAUAGGGGUGAACAAGUUGUUUAUUGCCACUACCCCGACCAAGUUUAGUUUCUGAUCACGUACCUUUAACAUAUAAGAUAUCUAACAAGGAAAUUCAAACUUUUUCGGUUAUCUAACAGCCAUAUUAAAUUGUGUGUGUGCGUAUAGAAGAGACAUACGAAUAAGAAAAUUUUGAUUGAUUUACAUAUUUUGUUCUGCCUUUUUGCGAUUGAGUUGAACGUAUGUCUAUCCAAACCGUUAUUUGCUCACUAUUUCCAAUUAUGUAUGCUGAUGUAGUCUUUGUAAAACUGCUUGUUGAUACAUGAACUAUUUAUGUUUUAUGCUCUUUGCAAUUUCAUUAGUAUGUUGUUUUGUACAAAAUUAUUUUACAAUAGUUGCAAUAUAAAUAUGACAUUUGUUCACUGUGCACGUAUCUUGCCCCAUGCCAAAUAAAUCCAUGACACGUU